AUGGCCGCGAACACUCACUGGGGAUUUCGGGAUGUCCACCAAGCCACAAAUCAACUUAUUCUGGGGAAUUCUUUACAUGAUUUCAAGGGAUCGGAUGAAGAGAAAAUCAUCCAGAACUUGUUCAAAGUUAUCCUGACUGAUCCUGGGUUUGUUCGUUUCAUUAACUUAGAAAUCCGAAACUGUAACGCUGAAGAUGGAACAAGUUUCCGUGAUGCAUACAUUUCUCUUCGAGCAACAUAUGAAUGUAUGAUGAGAGCGAGAGCUAAUUUUGUUACUGAACGUCCAAGUUGUGAAGGGGUUGAAAUAAGGGACCUGCUGAAUACGGACAGUCUCGAAGAUUUUCUGUCAAGAGGAGUUGAUGCAAUCGGAAUAAGCACACAACCCGAUGUUUGUCAGUCAUUCUGGGCGCUGUUGAAUUUUCUCCGUGAGAUCAAAACCCACGAGGGCGCCAUUAGAAGACUUUUGAACAUUGCUCCAAAAACUACAACCAAGAAAACACAGAUUAUGACUGGAUUGGCACAUCACCUGUUUUCCAAGUUGGUACCAAACAAAAAGUAUGAGGUUGAUGAAAAUAUAAAGAAUCUCCCGAAAACUUGUGGCUGUGGCUGUAAAAGCAGUAUUUAUGGAGGAAACACUUCAAUAGAUAUAAAAAUAUUCCAAGUGUGCAAGUGUAUGUAUGAAGUCAUGAGAACUGAAGAUGCUCAUGUUAGGAGACUGCAGUAA